AUGGCGUUUACCACGGCCGCGAUGGACGUCUUGGAGGAAUUAUCUUCUGAUACUUCCGAAGAAUUGAUACAAAUAAGAAAGCCUAAGAAAGCCAAGUCCAAUGGGGAAAAAGGCAGACCAAAGAAAGAGAAGCCGGCGAAGAAGCCCAAGAAAGAGAAGCGGGAGAAGAAGCCGAAGAAAGAGAAGCGGGAGAAAGCAAAGUCGGAGAAGCAGCCUGAGCAGGAGACGGUGGAGGAAGAGAUGGUGGAGGAAGAGACGGUGGAGGAAGAGAAUCCUGAGCAAGAGACUCCUGAGGAAGACAACCCGGAGCAAGAGAAGGCAGAGAGAGUGGAGCCGGAGACGCGUCGUCGUUCACUUCGCCUACUCCAGCGCCAACUCAGGAAGGAAGAUGAGCGUCGAGCUGCCCGUCUCAUCCGACGCCGUAAGAACAGCUUCGCCAGCUACUUCCCGAAGGUGCUGAGGAACAUCCAUGCUGGGCUCUCUCUCUCUCAGCGCUCGGUGAGCAUCCUGGAUUCAUUCGUGAAGGAUAUGUUUGAAAGAAUUGCCUCAGAAGCAAGCUUCUUGGCCCGUCAAAACAGAAGCCCGACUAUCAACUCCAGAGAGAUCCAGACCGCUGUGCGUCUUCUGCUUCCCGGAGAGCUCUGCAGGCGAGCGGUGGCUGAAGGUACCAUGGCGAUGGUCCGGUACAUCUCCAGCAAGUGA